GAACGCAUCUUUUCCACGUGGGAGUCAAAGCGAUGGCGGCCGGGCCGCCUCCGUCGUCUGAGCUGCGGGACUCGCGGGAUGCUGUGGAAGCUGACUUGCCUGCAGCGCUAACCUUGCUCAAAUCUCUCCAAGAAGAGGUGGUUGCAGUUACUCAUCACAUCCAGCGUUUAGUGCAGACAGUGCGAGCAGGCAGCUACCCCACCGAAAAGGGCCUCAGUUUCCUAGAGGUGAAGGAUCAUCUGCUGCUGCUCUACCUUCAAGAUCUUUCCCACCUGAUGCUGGAGAAGACCUCAGGACGUUCUGUGGCCAACCAUCCUGCCUUGCUGCGCUUGGUGGAAACUCGGACGGUGUUGGAGAAGAUGCGCCCGAUUGAGCAGAAAUUGAAGUACCAGGUGGACAAACUGGUGAAGGCAGCUGUUACUGGCGGGCUGGCUGAGAAUGAUCCACUGAGCUUCAAGCCGAAUCCGAAUAAUCUGAUGAGCAAGCUCAGCGACUCAGAAGACGGAGAAGAUGAAGAUGAUGAUGGUGGUGCCAAGAAUCCUGGGAAAGAGACAUCGAAAGGAGGCAUCCGGAAAUACGUCCCUCCUCGCCUGGUCCCUGUGCAUUACAAUGAAACCGAGAUGGAGAGGGAGAAGAAGAUGGUUGAGCAAGCCAAGAAGCGAGCGCUUAGUAGCUCCGUCAUCCGGGAGCUGAAAGAGCAGUACUCGGACGCUCCGGAGGAGAUCCGGGAGGGGCGUCAGGCACACAUGGCCCGGCAGAAUCGGGAAGAUAAGCAUCGGAUGGACUACGAGGAGAGCAUGAUGGUUCGCCUCAACGUGAGCCGGAAGGAGAAAGCCCGCCGCAGACGAGAAGGGGUCCUCGGCUCCCAGCUCAGUUCCCUCACCCACUUUGGGGACAUCAGCGCCCUCACCGGGGCCACCCCGUCUCUGGGAGAAGAUUUAAAUCUCCCAAAGAAGAGAAGGAAAAAGAUGAGCACAAAACGGGGCAAGAGAAAAGGUUUCCGCAAGAGACGAUAAAAGCUCCUCUCACUGUUCAGGAUCAAGCUCUGCUGACCCCCAAUAGCUGGGAUGUACACCCCCAUUUUCCCUAUUUAGGAUAUGAGUGGUUAAUAAUAAAACUUAAGGGCCAUCUUUUCCUGUCUA